AUGGCCAACGUUGGGAUAGGUUCACUUCAACUACCAAUGCUUACCAAGCUUAACUAUGACAAUUGGAGCAUCAAGAUAAAAGUGUUACUAGGAGCACAAGAGGUGUGGGAGAUCGUGGAGAACGGUUUUCAAGAGGCAGAAGCUAGAGCCAAUCAAGCGCAAAGAGAUGCGUUAAAGGAGACAAGAAAGAAGGACAAGAAGACCCUUUAUAUCUUGUAUCAAUCGGUGGACGAAGAUACGUUUGAGACCAUCGCCAAUGCAGAGACGUCAAAGGUGGCAUGGGACAAACUCCAAUCGACUCAUAGAGGAGCCGAUCGUGUGAAAAAUAAUGGUGAAGAAAUCACCGAUGUUCGUGUCAUGGAGAAGGUUCUACAAAGCUUAAAUACAAAGUUCGAGAUUAUCGUCACGACGAUCGAGGAGACACAGGAUCUUGAGAACAUGACAAUUGAACAAUUUAUAGGCUCGUUACAAGCCUAUGAGGAGAAAAAGAAAAGGAGGAUGGAGCAAACAGAGACUGUUGAACAACUUCUCCAACUCAAAAUCAAGGAGAAGAAUAGUUAUGGAUGUGGAAAAGGUCGUGGUGAUCGAGGCCAUGGUGGAAGAGGUGAAUCCAACACCGAUGUUUCUCAAAACUCGUCUGAAUCCUCAAGAGGAAGAGGAGGUCGAGGUCAUGGAAGACGUGGUGGAAGGUCCGGGAGAGAUAAAUCUCAAGUAAAAUGUUAUAAUUGUAACAAAUAUGGACAUUAUGUGAAUGAGUGUUACUCAUCUCAAACAGAGUCGAUUGAUCGAAAGUAUCAGGACCGAUCAACCGCUAGCACAUCAAAAACCCAUCAAGGACAAUCCAAUUAUGCAGAGGAGGAUGGAACCUUAUUAUGGUUUCAAAGGGAGAAGAAGAGAGUCAAUAUAAUAUGUGGUAUCUUGACACAGGGGCCUGAAUCACAUGUGUGGAAAACGCGAGAUGUUUGUGGAGUUGAACAAGAUGGAGAAAGGUAA